AUGAAAAUAACAAUUAAAAAUAUUCUAAUUCUUAUUUCAUACUUAUAUAUCAUUAUACAAUGUAUUGAGGCAAAUUUUGAAGAUACAAGAUGUCGCUGUGUAUGCCCAAGUGUUAGAAAUUUUGUCACGUCUGUAAAUGAAACAAGUGAAGAAUUGAAGAGACGAUAUUAUACAAAAACAAACAUAAAUGCUGAAAUUUGUAAUCCAACAAAUGUAGUAAAAAGUUCAAUAUCUGGUAUUAUAAACGAAAGUCAUGUUGAUGCUUUUUUAGCAAACUGUGAUUGUAAAUAUGAAUCUCGAAAUACGGUUUUAAUUAAAGUAGUUGUUAUCUUUGUCAUAACGGUUGUUAUUCUUCUUUCUGCCUACAUGGCAUUUUUAUUAUUCUUAGAUCCUAUGUUAAAAAAGAAAACUUAUGGUGUACCAUAUAGUCAACAACGUGAUGAUAGUCCAACGACAGAUGACAAUAUAUUUACUAGAAAUUCAACAAGAUCCGAAUCUCCUCAAACAAACUUUGUGACUCGACCUUCAGGUGUAAUAAGGCGUGUCGAAGCAGAACAAAGCAGAUGGAGUAGAAAAGUUGAAGAACAAAGAAGAACCGUUUUUCAAAAUCACACAAUGCUUAAUUAA